AUGGGUGGAUGUGCCGGCAAAAAUAAAUCAACUUCAACGAAAAAAUCCAAGGCACCAUUAACAGAUAAUAGCUCACAAACGAUUUUAAAUGUAUCAUCAAAAAAGGAUUUAUUGUCAUCGGAUGAUGUGAAUAAUAAUAAUAAUCAUAUGUCAAAACCAGAUAUUCAACUUACAAUGGAUAAACAAAAUGAAAUCAGUCAAAAUUUUCCACCACGUGUUAUAUCAAUAUCUGAUUCUGAAUUUGAAAUUGAAUUGGCUAAUCUUGUAUAUGGACAUCCAGAAAUUGAUUAUGUAGAAAAUCGAUUAAUGACUACUACUUAUAAAAGUACUGAAGUUUAA